AUGAAGAAGUGUACCAUUUUAGUUGUAGCGUCACUUUUAUUAGUUGAUUCUCUACUUCCAGGAUAUGGACAAAAUAAAAGUGUCCAAGCCCAAAGAAACUUAAACGAGCUAUGUUACAAUGAAGAAAAUGAUAAUAAAUUGUAUCACGUCCUUAACUCGAAGAAUGGAAAAAUAUACAAUCGAAAUAUAGUCAACAGAUUACUUGGCGAUGCUCUCAACGGAAAACCAGAAGAAAAAAAAGAUGAUCCCCCAAAAGAUGGCAACAAAGAUGAUCUUCCAAAAGAAGAAAAAAAAGAUGAUCUUCCAAAAGAAGAAAAAAAAGAUGAUCCCCCAAAAGAUCCUAAAAAAGAUGAUCCACCAAAAGAGGCUCAAAAUAAAUUGAAUCAACCAGUAGUGGCAGAUGAAAAUGUAGAUCAAGGGCCAGGAGCACCACAAGGGCCAGGAGCACCACAAGGGCCAGGAGCACCACAGGGGCCAGGAGCACCACAGGGGCCAGGAGCACCACAAGGGCCAGGAGCACCACAAGGACCAGGAGCACCACAAGGGCCAGGAGCACCACAAGGGCCAGGAGCACCACAAGGGCCAGGAGCACCACAGGGGCCAGGAGCACCACAAGGGCCAGGAGCACCACAAGGACCAGGAGCACCACAGGGUCCAGGAGCACCACAAGGACCAGGAGCACCACAAGGACCAGGAGCACCACAAGGUCCAGGAGCACCACAGGGUCCAGGAGCACCACAGGGUCCAGGAGCACCACAAGGACCAGGAGCACCACAGGGGCCAGGAGCACCACAAGGACCAGGAGCACCACAAGGACCAGGAGCACCACAGGGGCCAGGAGCACCACAAGGGCCAGGAGCACCACAAGAACCACCCCAACAACCACCCCAACAACCACCACAACAGCCACCACAACAGCCACCACAACAGCCACCACAACAGCCACCACAACAACCACGCCCACAGCCAGAUGGUAAUAACAACAAUAACAAUAAUAAUGGUAAUAAUAAUGAAGAUUCUUAUGUCCCAAGCGCGGAACAAAUACUAGAAUUUGUUAAACAGAUAAGUAGUCAACUCACAGAGGAAUGGUCUCAAUGUAGUGUAACCUGUGGUUCUGGUGUAAGAGUUAGAAAACGAAAAAAUGUAAACAAGCAACCAGAAAAUUUGACCUUAGAGGAUAUUGAUACUGAAAUUUGUAAAAUGGAUAAAUGUUCAAGUAUAUUUAAUAUUGUAAGCAAUUCAUUAGGAUUUGUAAUAUUAUUAGUAUUAGUAUUCUUUAAUUAA